CUGUGGUAAUGUUAACACCUGUCAAACUGAAGACAAAAAGUGAACUUCAAACGUUCGCCUAAAAUUUAUAUUUUGUAAAUUCUUGUAUGAAUUCAUUAUAGAUAUAGGAGAAAAUGACUGAGUUUUGUAAGAUUAUGUUCUGUCUGACACUCAUCUUCGCCUUGGCGCCAUACGCGUCUGCAAUUAAAUGUUGGAAUUGUAGAUCUAACAAUGAUCCCAAGUGUGCUGACCCCUUCGACAACAGUACGGUACCCAUAACGGAUUGCGUGCAAGAAAAAGGACUGCCUCAUUUGCCGGGUGUAAGGCCGACAAUGUGCCGCAAAAUUAGACAAAAAGUGAAUGGAGAAUGGCGUUACUUCAGAGACUGUGCUUAUCUUGGUGAAGUCGGCAUCCAAGGGGAUGAGAGAUUCUGCCUGAUGAGAACUGGCACUUACAACAUAUUCUUAGAGUACUGCACAUGUAAUAGUAAAGAUGGUUGUAAUGCCUCAUACAUGAUCACACCAACUCCUCUAACGCUGCUGUUGCUGGUUGGUAUCAGCUGCUUAUUCAAGUUAUUUUCUUAGAAAAUACCAGUUUGACAUUAAUCUUGACACACAAUCUACAAAAACAUCACUUCCUGAGUAAUGUCCUAAACUUGGAUUUGGAUUUAUCAGAAAUUCUAUUGAUAUUUCACUUGACCCCCUAGUGACCAUAUCAAAUUAUGACUUAACAUUCAGACAAUUAGAAAUAUUGAUACUUGAUUUUGCCAAUUUUUUACGGUUAGAAUUAGCAAAGUAGAGAACAUAAAUAUUCCAAGAAAAAGACUAGAAUUAUCCAAUAAGUGAAAUCUUGUUAUUUUUCUAAACUGAUUCCUCAUCACAGUCUUCUAUUAUCAGUACAACUAAGACUAUUAUUGAUAUGAUCAUGAUAAACAACAUUUUUAUGUACUGACAUUUUGAUAGACUAAAAUAAAAUAUACAGAAACUAUAGCUUAACAAACCUCUGAUUGCUUGUGAUUAGCACCAUGUAAAAAAAAAGACUUAAGAAAAAAAGCAAAAUAUUAAGAAUAUUUAUAAUCCAUCUACAAUUUAUGCCUAAGCAUAUAAAUGUAUGUGUGGUGCCUUCUAGACUAGACUUGUUGUGAAUCUCAUAUUUCUGUACAAACUUUAGAAUAAGCUAAAUAUGUUUUACUAUAUAAUAAUAUGUAUGUGUUCAGAAUAUGAACUUCUAAUUAUGAUUUAUUUUACCUUUUAUAUAUAUUUGUAAUUUAAUAUUGAUUAUAAUAUUAGUGUUUUGUGAAAAAAUGUAUAAGCAGAAAAUCUGUGGCAAUAAGACUGCACUCCGUCCAUUGCUUUUUUUUAUAUAAUAGACUAGAGUUAUAUUUUAGUAUAGAAAUAAACUUUUUUACGAAAUUUA